AUGAGGAUGACAAAGGAAAUACAAAUAAUUCACAAAUUAGUAAUAAUAGAAAAUGAUGAAUUUAAACAAUUAUGUUUUGAAAUUAACAAUGACAAAAGAUUGUCAUCAAAUUUAGAAGGACCAAGUAAUAGAAGAACACCAAUCAAUGAAGGAGAUGAACGAUUAUUUCCUUAUAAUUUAUCUAGUAGCUGUGGAAGAUCAAAAAACAAUUCACCACUAAUUAAAGAUAACGAAUCAAAAACUAUUUAUAGAAAUGCUUUUAUGUCAUUAGUAAGUGGAAGUCUUGAAAAACCAUCCAAUAUUAGUUAUAAUAAUGAUCCUCUUAAUUAUAUUAAUUGUUGGUCCCAAAGAAUUAAUAGAUAUGUAUAUCCAGAUGAUAUGUUUACAGGGCACAAAAUAUAUAGUCAUUUUCCUUAUCCAGAUGAAUUAUCAGAUAAUGUUUAUGGUAAAUUAGACUACCCAAUGGGUAAUAUAACUCAUAAUUAUAUUGGAAUUAAAAAUAUUGAAUCAGAGUUGGCAGAAACUUUAACAAAUAAUGAAGUUAAUAAUGAGUGUGAAAAAGAUUUACUUAUAAAGUAUAAAAUUAGAAAUAGAAUACCAAAUCCAACAAAUGUAUGUCAGGCAAUUUCAAUUGCAUGUGAAUUAAGAAAUUUACCAUCAUAUGUAUUUGAUAAUAUUAAAAAUUCAUAUAUUACAACAAUUUGCCUUUCAAAUAAUUUAUUGAGUAAUAUACCUGAUUCAAUUGGAGUAAUGACAAACUUGAAAUAUCUAGAUAUCUCUUGUAAUAAACUUGUUACAUUACCAAAAACAAUUUCAAAAUGUUAUAAUCUUAUUACAUUAGAUGUCUCAAAUAAUUUAAUAACUCAUUUUCCAGAUAAUUUAGGAUUAUUAAAGAAAAAAUUAGAAGCUUUUUAUAUAUAUAAUAAUCCAAUAAGACAUGAUUUAAUGCAUGUUUUAACAUCUACUGAUCCUGGAAAAGUAUUAUUAGAAAUUUUACAAAAACGUUUUUAUUCAAAACAAAUUCCACCACCAAGAAGAGAAUGGACUUUCUUAGCACCACCUCAUGCUGUAGAUAAUCAUCCAAAUUUACCAUUUAUAAGUGUUAUGACAUAUAACAUUUUAAGUUAUAAAUAUCUUUUUAACAAUCGUUUUAACUAUUGUCCUGAUGAAGAAUUAAAAUGGGAAUAUAGAAAAGCUGUUAUAUUUGAAGAAAUUUCACAUUAUUCACCAGCAAUUGUUACUAUGCAGGAAGUUCCUAAAGGUGACUAUGAAACAUAUUUCCAUCCAAAGUUAUGUGAAAAUGGUUAUGAUGGACUUUUUUUUCCAAAAUCAAGAAUAAAAAAAACAAAAGAAGAGUUGACACAACAUGUUGAUGGAUGUGCUAUUUUUUGGCAAAAACCUAUAUUUUCUUAUAUUCUUCAUUUUAAUUUAGAAUUUAAAUCAAUGGUUGACGAAUUAUUUAAAGAAGAUGAUGAAAGAAGUAGAAGAAUUCAGUCUUUUGACAAUGUAGCAUUAGUUGUUGUAUUAACAAUAAAAGGCGAAGAACCAGAAGGUGAACCAGAUAAAACACUAGCAAAUGGUGUUUAUUAUAGACCAUUAGUUAUAGCAACUACUCAUAUUCAUUGGGAUCCAGAAUAUGCUGAUGUUAAAUUAAUUCAAUCAAUGUUAUUAAUGAAAGCAUUGUAUGAUAAACGUAGAUUCAUUUCACAUCAAUUAAGAUGUAAUGUUGAAGAAAUUCCUAUUAUUAUAACAGGAGAUUUUAAUUCUAGACCAAGAAGUUCUGUUCUUGAAUAUAUUAAAAAGAAACAACUUCGUAAAGAUGAUGAAGGUUUGAUGUUAUUUAAAAAUUGUGAGAAUUUAGAUAGAAUAAAUUCAUAUCCAAGAGAUCCUUAUUAUUAUCAUCAUGGUUUAAAAGAUCUUGAAAUGGUAGAUAUGAGUAAAUAUGAAUUUACAAAUUUUACGCCUGAAUUUUCUGAUGUGAUUGAUUAUAUUUUUUAUACAUCAACAACACUUAGUGUAUGUGGUAUUAUAGAACCACCCUCAUCUGAAUGGAUAAAAAAUUCAGAAGUAAUUGGAUUUCCACAUCCUCACUUUCCUAGCGAUCACAUACCAAUUGUCGCAAAUUUUUACAUUAAUAAAGAAGAUAGUGGAGGAGUGACACCAAACAAAUAA